CUGACGUCGAGAAGGAAGGGCCAAAUGUCCGCCCCCUCUCCUGUGUCUCCUCCCCCCCAUUACACCACCUGCUACAGGGACAUCAUCCAGAGGUCUCCACCCACAGUCCCCACCUGCCUCCUUCAAGCUGCCAACCGACUCAAAGACGCACCCAACAUUGGCAAGGUCAAAGUGGUGCUGCGAGUCUGCCCCUCUCCCACCGUACCCCCUUCCCAGCCACCCAUUUUUAGAGUGGACCCAGCCAAGAGAAGGGUCACCAUGAUUGAUCCUACCACCACCCACAAUCAACAGCCACACUCCAACUCCAUGCCAACACACGUUGGGGAAGCCAAGGGUCACUCUAAGACAUAUGUCUUUGAUGCAGCCUACCCUCCAGAGUCAACCCAGGCGGAGGUGUGUGUAGGUAUUCUGCCUGACGUCAUCCGUUCUGUGGUCAAUGGGGCAGACGGAUGUAUUCUGUGUUUUGGACAUGGUGAAGUGGGGAUGUCCCACACCAUGAUGGGUAGCGAUAGCAGCAGCCAGAGUUUAGGGGUCAUCCCGUAUGCCAUCUCCUGGUUCUACAGUCACACAGAGAGGAGGAGAAGGGAGAGGACUGGGGCCAGCCUGGCUGUGUCUGUGUCCGCUAUGGAGGUCUGUGGGGAGGACGAGACCCUCAGGGACUUAUUGUCAGGCAAUCUCCAGGACAGCCCAUCAGCAGACCUUUAUCUCUACGAGGACCCCAUCUAUGGAAUGCAGCUUCGGCACCACAGUGUGGUAUCUGCCCCCAACGCCGAGAGAGCUGCCUUCCUCCUGGAUGCAGCCAUCGCAUCACGUCACCGUGCCGACGGCCCGACGAGUGGAACUCGCAGUGACAUCACCACACCAUCGUCCUCCUCCCAUAUGUUCUUUACUCUGCACGUCCAACAGCAGCUCUCAGAGGGCAGUGGCAAAGUACCAGGGGGUCAUAGCAGGUUGAUUAUGAUAGACCUGGCUAACAGUAUAAAAGGGACCAGUAGAACCAGUGACAGCAGAACUGGACGUCCUGAGUCUGAACUGGGCAGUGUUAUACUGGCCCUACUCAACAAUGGAAACAAAAACAUCCCCAACAGAGACAGUAAAGUGACCAUGCUGCUACAGGAGUCUCUGGGUAAUAUUAACUGUCAUACUACCGUGCUGGCCCAUGUGACUGACUCACCAGAACACUUCUCAGAGACACUCUCCACUGUCCAAAUUGCCUCGCGCAUCCGCAGGACACAGAAGAAAGCAAAACAUUCAACAUCCUGCUCUCCCAGUGGUAGAAGCCUGAGUAGAGAGAGGAGUGGAGGGAGUCGUCCCUUCUCUCUCAGAGCGUUCCACUCCACCAAUGCUGUGGACUCUGACCUCAGUGACCUGCCCCAGCUCAGGCUCGACGGUGACCUGCUGGAUGACCACUCCAGCAGCGACCAGUCCUGUGACACGGUCAUCCACAUCAACCCCGAUGGCUCGGUCCAGCAGCCCAGUGCGGAGCUGACCCAUCAGGGCCAGGGCCAGCCGGAGUUUACCCCCAUCAUCCACUCUCUACAACAGAAUAAGGCUGAAGCGGAAUCGGAGGACGCCGAGCUUUCUGCUCUAAAGCAAGAGCUAUUGCAGCACCUUCUAAACAUCGUGCCCAGACUGCAGGGAGAGAGGAAGAAGAAUGAGAGCAUCAUCCAAGAACAACUUCCUCAGAAUACAGCAGAAGUGGGCCAAUGUGAGAGGUACUUAAGUCUUAAGUGUGACACGUUUGCAGAGCUGCAGGAGCGACUCGGGUGCAUCGACGGCAGUGAGACAGUUACCAAGUCAUCCUUAAAAGAACCUUCUGCCAUGACCGAGUCCCCUCCAGUCCCCCAAGAUGGCUCAGGCAGAACUGAGACUGAGGAAAAUACCUCCUUCUUGAAACCACUGAAUAUGAAGGUGAAGUAUAGUGAGCUUUCCAUUGUGGGUGAGAAAGAGAGCCUGGUGACAGAUGGCAGUUUUCCGGUCGACAGUUUUCAGAGAGAGGACUCUGGUCUGUAUGACUGUGAGGAGGGAAGUGCAGCCAGCUCCAACGAGGACCAACCAAACCCCUGUGGCUUUAUCAGUUUACAUCCAGCCUGCCAGAACCAAGGCAACCCCCCUGAGUACAGCUUUCUGCCGCAGCACAGUGAAAUCUACACUCAGAACAGCCCUGUGCCAAGCUCUCAUUCUCCUCUUCCUCUGUCUCUUCUUCCCCUGUCUCUGGAGCCAGCUGGAUACCCAGGGAGGCCUGGCUUGCUGCAACACCAGACCAGGACCCCUCCGGCGGGCAAGAGCUCUCCGCUAUCCCCUUCUCUCUCUCCAUCCUCCUCGUCCUCCACCACCUCCUCCUUGGCUACCAGUGUUCUCCUAGGAGAGAGGAUCCUUCCUCAGCUUUCCCAGCUGCCUACUAGAGAGUCGGACCUGAAGGAAAUGAAGGCCACCAUCACGGUGAUGGUCCAGCAGCCAUUGGACCAGACGGGUCAGGACGAGCUGGUGUUCACCAUGGUGGAGGAGGUGACCAUCAGUGGGGCACUGGAGAGAGGAGGCCAGGCGGGGAAUAUCAUCAGGAUCAGGGAUGCCCACUCCUCCUCUGGCCAGGCUUCUUCAGGGUCUGUACUGGGUUCCCUUCCCAUCAGGAUUAUCAGUAACGUUAGUGAAGAUUCUACUACUACUAAUACAGGCUCCACUAUCAAGGCCAUGGACCCUGCUACUACCACUAAGACCAUGGCUGUGGAAGUCAACACCAAACCCAAGGCCAUGGACCCUGCUACUACCACUAAGACCAUGGCUGUGGAAGUCAACACCAAACCCAAGGCCAUGGACCCUGCUAAUACCACUAAGACCAUGGCUGUGGAAGUCAACACCAAACCCAAGGCCAUGUCUUCUCUCUCCAGGGUGGAGAACCGGGUCUUGCCCUCCUUUAUAAACCCCUCGCUCGCUGACCUCAGUAGGAGGAGUAGUGAUGUGGAAGGGUCUCGUCAUCUCCGAGGGGUUUCUAACACCCGUUUCAUGCGAGUGGAUGCUUAUGCUGAACCCAAGAAGAAAGAUAAUCUAAAAGGUUCAGGAAAUAAAACGGCGAUGGAGACAGAAGGUGCGUUCUUUAUUACUGAGAGGAAUCACGUGAGGAAUACCAACGAGAGCAUUUUGAUGCCUUUCCCAGGUCAAACUAAUAGUAUUGCAUCAUGUGACACACAUGCCUGGGAAGAGGCCGGUUGCUAUGAGAUGAUGUCAUCAGGGAAUAGGGCCAGUGGGAGGAGUGGUAACCAAGCAGAAAGGAGCUAUCCCAGAGGAGGGGAGUAUACCACCUGUUCCCUCACCUGUUAUGACCGGGUCUUACCUGUUCCAUCUUCCCUAAUUACUCCAAAGACACCAGGAGACAGUAGUGAAAGGAGCAGGAAUACACCAGAGAACUGUAUCCCUGGUUACCCUGCAGCUACCCACCACAGAACAGCCAGUCUACCAAGAGGCUGGUAUAAUAUCAACAAGCAGGAGAGCUAUGUAAUGAGCGAGGAGUAUAAAGAUAAAGCCCCAGACUUUAAAUCAUCCACCCCUGGUAGUCCCUGGGUGACCCUGGAGAGGAGGCCGUCCUCAGCCAGGCAGGGGAUCUUCUCCUGGGCCAGGGAGAGCCUCCCUCUCCCAUUCUCACCAGCUCGGAAGUACAGCCUGGAGCAGCAGCAGAGACAGAGAACUAGUAACAGUCCUCUCAGCACAGCCAGUAGUUCACCGUUGGAGCCCAUGCCAUCCACUCCGAGUGUUAGACAUGAUAGCGGUAAGAUGGAAUCCCCCAUAGAGGAAAGCAGUAGGCUUUUCAGUGCUAAACUAGAGCAGUUGGCUAGCAGGACCAACUCUUUAGGUAGAAUACCGCUGGAGUUCCACACUCUGGACCGAGGCAGUAGCCUGUCCUCUGUGAGCUCCAUGGGGAGCUCCAAGGGGAGUUGGGAAGGGGAGUCCAGCCACCCCACCCUACCCCGGGCCAGCAGGAGCCCCAGGAGGGCCCCUAGGUCCAUCCCCUUGACUGACAAGAACACCCCCAACACACCCCAUUCUCCCAAAACCAGCAGGUCAACCUUUAUAACUGAGCCCAACACCCCCAACUCCACAGCCCUCCAGUCUCCUAGAACCAGCCGAUCUAAGCUCUCCGCGGUGGGGAAACUGAUGAUGACCAGCCCUAAGGUCCGCCGGAUAUCCAUCCCCAGGACCAAGAACCUCAGCUUCUCUCCCAAGGCACUCCAUCAGUCCAUCAACAGGAGUGCCAGUCUGUCCCCUGAUGGGAGGAGCCCUGAGCAUGGUCCACUCUGGUCCACCCAGUCUCUAAGCCGAAACCAGACCCCCUCGCCCCAGACCCUACCACCACGCCUCGUAGCAAAGUCCCCAGUCCGGGUCAUCAACGGGCGCAUCUCAGAGCUCCUCCAGAUCGGCAGAGAGCCCUACCCCUCUGGCGGGGCCUCCGGAGGACUAGUUCUAGACAAGAUGGCGGCAGCGGCUGGAGCUACCUGUAGAUCCAUGGGAGAGGCUCACCCUGUUCACCCUGUACCCUCGCCCUAUGCCAGGGUGACAGCACCUCGCAGGCCCAACCACCUCAGCGGGCACGCCAGUGAUGUCACUAGCGUGUUGAGCGGGGAGCUGCCCCCGGCCAUGGGUAAGACAGCGUUAUUGACCAAUAGGAACAGCCUGGUGAGCAGUGGAUAUGAGAGCAUGGUUAGGGAUAGCGAAGCCACAGGGAGCAGCACCUCCAACAGAGACUCUAUCAGCGAUAAGAGCUGUUCUAUGAUCAGUGUGACCCGCAGUGAGAGGAACCCCAAAAGGAGGAGCAGCAACGGUUCACACCCGCGGCAUCUGUCCCAUAGCACGUCCCUGUCUCUGAGGAGGCCAGCCAGUGGGCCCAGGUCUCGCUGGGUAGACAGGGGCAUCCCAGAGGCCUACGAGAUCAAGGUCUAUGAGAUAGAUGACGUGGAGAGGCUGCAGAGGAGAGGAGGAGCAGGCAAACAGGGAAUAGCCUGCUUCAGUGCCAAACUCAAGUUCCUGGAGCACCGUCAGCAGAGGAUCGAAGAGGUGAGAGCCAAGUACAACAGCCUGAAGAGCGAGCUGGAGCUGGCCAAACAGAAUCUCAUGCUGGAGCCAGGGAAAUGGAACCAAGAGUUUGACCUGUGGCAGACAUUUGAGGUUGACUCUCUGGAACACCUGGAAGCAUUGGAGGUGGUCACGGCAAGGCUGGAGAGCAGGGUCAACCUCUGCAAGGCCAACGUCAUGAUGGUCACGUGCUUUGACAUCGCCACCAAGCGCCGGCAAGCGAGGAGACGCCGCCGGACGGAACAGCAGCAAGGAUUCAUGGGAAUUUAGUGUAAUUUUGUUCCCAUUGUUGUUAAUAGAUGUACAAAGAGAGAGCUUUACAGAGAGAGAGAGAGAGAGAGAGAGAGAGAGAGAGCGAGGAGAGAGAGAGAUGGAAUACCAUCGUCUUUUUAUGCUUAUCUGAAUUCCACUUGAAAACAUACACAGGUAUUUGCAUUUCAACUCCCUAACAGUAGUGAGAAGUAUCACUCAGUGUUGACUUCUCCUGAAGAAGAGGGAGUGGAAUCUACAUCUCUGAAUGCCACAGAGCACUCUUACUCUGAAUGAUGUAUGUUCUUCUGACACAGGAUACAGGUCAAUAUUCACUGUUACAGUGGGUUUCUUAAGUAUUCACCCCCCUUGAAUUUUGUUCACAUUUUGUUGCGUUACAAAGUGGGAUUGAAAUG